AUGGGGUUUGAUCUUGCAAAGGCUCUGGCUGGGGUUAAUUUGAGUAACAAGACUAUUUUAGUUACGGGAUCAACAUCAGGCAUCGGCUUCGCCACUGCCCAAAUCCUAGUACAAAGAGGCGCCAAAGUUUACCUUGGAGCGCGAAAUGCAGAGAAGGCAGCAUCGUGUAUCGAGCGGAUUGAAGACUCUUUGGCUUUGGCAAAAUCUUCAUCUCCUGCAAAAGACGGAGAGACAAAAGGACAGGCAAUAUUCCACCAAGUUAAUCUGGAUGAUCCGAAAGAGGCAAGGGAAUCGGCAGGAGCGUUCUUGCAGAAGGAAGAGAGAUUGGAUGUCCUUAGUAAGUCCUUUAAUGAACCGUCACUCAUUUGUCAUGAAGCUGAUAUUUACUUCUCUACACUCAUCUUUACAGAGUCACUCCUUCCCCUCUUGAAGAAGACCGCAGAACAACCAGGAUCCGAUGUACGCAUUGUUAAUGUGUCUUCUGACGGACACCGGAUGCUUCCGAACGGCCUUCACUUCAAGUCCAAAGACGACUUCAACGUUAAUUACGGUAACAGUUUCAUGCAAUCAAUGAAGCGAUACAGCGUCUCAAAGUUGAUAGAGAUCCUUUGGACAAGAGAGUUACAGCGCCGCUUAACGGAAGAGGGUACCAAUAUAAUUGUCUUGGCCGUACAUCCAGGAAGCGUGCAUACUGUAACCCGCUUCAAAUGGCCUAUAUCCACUCUACUCCUCACCCUCGUCCGACUCACCUUCAUGAACGUCCGUGACGGAGCAGGGACGCUCAUCAUUGCUGCCGUCUCUCCUAAAGUACGAGCAGAGUCGGAAAAGUACAAGGGCAGAUACCUCACGCCGAUUGGUAAAUUGACGAAACCUUCGAAACAGGCGCAGAAUAAUGAGCUUGCGGCUGAGUUGGUGAAGACGACUGUGGAGCUAAGGAAGGAGUGGGGAUUGUGA